AUGAUUACCGAAGAAAGGGGAAAUUAUAUUGUCAGACUGGAUGUAAUAUUGGGGGAAGGAUCAUUUGGAAAAGCGUUUACUUGUUUUAAAAAAGAUGAUCCAAGCGAGGAAUACUGCAUGAAAAUAAUAAAAAAACAAAGUCUUAAUGAGUCAGAUGAAGAUUUCAAAAAAAAGUAACUAUUAGCAGAAAUGAAAGUCAUUAAAGAGCUCAAAAAUACAGAUAGCGAAAAUUUAGUUAAAUUGAUUGAGCUGAUUGAUUUGCCUUAAGAAUUGUGCAUAGUAAUGGAAUUAUGCGAUUAUGAUCUAUACAAGGAGUAGAGAUAGUUAGAAGCUAAUAAAAAAUGGUUCUCAAGAAUAGAAUAAAUGGAUAUAAUUAGAUAGAUACUCAAAGGAGCCAAAGUCUUAAUUGAGAACAAAUUUGUUCACAGAGAUAUCAAACCAUAAAAUAUUUUAGUGAAAAUUAUUAAUAAAGGGAAAAUUAAUCAAAGAAAAAUCUAUAAAGUUAAUUUUAUCUCUUAUUAUUGCUUAGUUAGCUGAUUUUGGUUUCACUAGAGUUUUAGAUGACAUUUACAAAAAAGCUGAUUUAACUAGAGUUGGUACCUUCGUCUAUUGUGCUCCUGAAAUUAUAAGAAAUCAUAAGUUUUCUGCCAAAUGCGAUAUUUUCUCCUAUGGAGUUGUCUUUCAUCAGAUUGUUUAUAAUGGAGAAUUUCCAGACAAAUAUUCAAAUUAAUAUUAAAUGUAGGAAUUUCUUAAUAAAAUCGAAAAACAACCUUACUAAUGCAAGUAAUUGUAAGGGGAAUAUAGUAAUAUGCUCAAAGACCUAAUUGAAAAGAUGUUACUUUUCAAUCAAGAUAAUAGGAUCUCAUUCGAAAGCUUACUUGAUCAUGAAAUAGUAAAGAUGAAUUUACCUAUGAUAAAGGAUUCUCUCUUCUUAACAAUGGAUAGAAAAUUUGAUAAGGAAGAGUUGGAAAAAUAACAGGUUGAUAACAAGUAAUCUAAAUUUGAUAAAAUAUAAUUACUUAUUGAUAUAUUUUACAGAAAAUCCUUACUUUGCUAAUCUGUAAUAACUUAUAUGAGAGAGAAUUCACUUGGUCUUAAUAUUGAACUAUCAAUUGUUGAGUUGCUAAUUUAAGUUAUUGGUUUAGAAGAAAUUAGAUUUGCCUUUGCAAUGCUUAAUCUUAUAGUGUCUGACUUAGAAUCUUACAUUAAAAAUUAACAUGAUAUUCCCCGCUUAAUGAAUAUUUUAAAAAAAUACCUCGAAGACGCUAAAAACAAUUAGGUGCGAUAAAAGCUUCAUGAAGAAGUUAGAACAUAAUUUCACAGGCAAUUAAGAAAGAAUUAAGAAGACUUCAAUUCUCUUAUGAUUAAGAAAAAAUCCGCAAAUAUCAAUUAGCUCAAUUCAAUCAUGCAGUUCUUAGAAAAAUCAUAAUAUUAAAAAGUUUCAAUUACUUAGUGUUGUUAGCUAUUGGAAGAAUUUCUAAGUAAUAAUAAAGUUAGUUAAUAAGUUAGCAAAUUCGAGCAGUAAUAAUAUAUAUUUAUAUUAAUUCUAGAAAGAUUUAACAAUACAUUGAAAAAAUUAAAAAAAUUGAGACUAAAUUUGAAAUAUGCAACUAUUUUUUUAUAAAUCCAAAUGAUAUAUUUGAUAUCAAAACUUAUUGA